AUUGUUGUCUCGCCGCGAUCGCCGAUCGGUUGCGCGUCGAGCGGGUUUCUUUCUGAUUGGCACUGGCCGUUGUGCCUGUCUGCCAUGUUUUGUUAAAUUUCUGGGGUGUGUUUCGAGUUUCAAUUGCACCGAUUACGACCCCAGCACGAAAGAUCUACAAUGGGGGGAUCCAAGGAAGACCUACACCUAUCUGAAUAAACGAAGAAGCAACUAAGACAUUUUAUCAAGCCGCAACCUAACCUACGCAACCCCCAAAAGAAUCAGGACUUGGAACAACAACAACAACAACAACUUGGAACAAUGGAUCUGUGUGGAAUCAGUGCUCUGUAAACAUGACUGGUACCCAAGUGUAUCCAGUCCUAGUUUUUUGCACACAGCAUCACUCGAGCAAUCAAAACCAAACCUCACGUGAGCGGACACUCGGCUGUAUGGCACAACCUCAUUCCUAUUUUUUAUAAACAUAUUAUGAAGUACCCUGGUCUGGUGUCCAUGCCCUCGGCAGUUUCGAAUUGGCUGGAGGAACAAUUGGAGGCCCGCGGCAUCGACGCCGUUCUCUACACGCGUUACGUCCUCAGUCUUCUGCACACUCACACCCUCGACGUCAUCUGUCCCGAUGAGGACGACUACUACCACUCGAAAUCUUUGAGCAAGGUGACGGCGACGGCGGGAGGCCGGAGACGACUGCGUCGCUCUACCGAAUGGUGGCGUCGUGACGCCCAUCACGACGCUGAACAGCUGAAACGUUCGGCUGCGGUCGAAUGUCUCAUGUCGGCAUCCGAUCAGAAUUGUGAAAUAGAGUCUCUGGUCGACGAAUUGUGCGAAAAAUUGAAAGAAAUCAAGGGCGAGCAGCAGCAGCAGGAGCAGCAGGAAGAGAACAAGAGAAGAGAAGUGGAACAGACGCCAGUGUCGCCGAAGGAACAGGCGGAAAAGUAUUACGCCGCGUUCCCGCCGCUGCGCCGCGACCAAUCCGCCGCCCCCAAUUCGCCCUCCAAAUUAAUCGCACUCAUACCCAAGUGGAUACCGUCGCCCAAGAAGAAACAGUCGCCGUCUGGUGCCAGGAAACCGGCUCAGUCCCAUCCCACCACCAACAGUCGGUCCGGAAUCGGUGCCAAAUUCCAACAUCAGCAACACCAGCACCACCACACCUACCACACCACUCCGAAAUCCUCGAGGAGCAAUUCCGACGGACAAAACAUGAAAUCGCGUUGCGGCAACGUCAAGCAGCGCCACCACGGCUACUUGCCGCGUUCGAAGCGCGACUCCGGUUCGUACGGACGCGCCAACGGAUCUUGGGACAGAGCCGCCAUUUUUGGCGGUUGCUCUUCCACUCCCGGACGCAAGGACAAAAAAGAACAACAGCAAACGGCCUUCGGAAGUGACGACCAAUGCUUGAGCGAACACGAAAUGCCGCCGCACCAUCACCACGACGAAGAAAUGAACAUGUAUGACGACCUACCGGUUAACAUCAGGGAGUUGCUGGACUCGCCGACGCCGCCCGAUCACUUCGAACGGGUGGACAGCGUCGAAAUGAUGAACCUGGCCAACUUGCAACAGGACCGAAAGGGCAACGGCAGCAAGCCCAACUUCAUCUCGUGCAACAUCAUCAGCUCGAUCUGGUCGCAGGACGAGACGCAGCGCAUGGACGAUGAGUCGACGAUGAAUUUGGAGAAUUGCUUCAACUCGGUGCUGGAUCGCGACUUUGGUUGCAUAAGUAUUGCGACUCCGCAACAGAAGCCCGCUUGGCCGGCGUCCAUUCAAAACGAGGCCAAUUCUCUGUUCGAAGCGAUGAGGGGGAUGAAGGACGAUCUAGUUGAUGCCUCGUUCAUGGAUGGAUUUCACAGUUUGCCGUCGGUGUGGUCCUCCCCCAAUGGACAUAAAGACUCUUCGUUCGUUCAGCCGGAAUGUUUCGAAAAUGAACAUCUACUCAAUCGUGUGGCCGUCAGUCUGAUGGAAAUCAAUCACAACAAGGAGAAGAGCAGUUUCGCUGAAGUCAUACCGGGGGCAAGUAAUAGUAAGAUCAUUGGCAAUGGCAACAGGAAGAAGGAUCUGACCAAAGCACAGGCUCCUUUUAAUCCCUUCGGUUUUUCAUUUAGUACUAAACGCACUGGGUAUUCUAACAAUAUUAGCAACAACAACAACAACAACACCAUUGAAAAGGAAGAUUUGCUGACAUCCGAGAAAACUCAUUUUCGACCUAUAAAUGAAAGCAGCGAAACUGCGAUUAAAGGAGUACAACGAGGUGAUUAUGCGGACGGAGCAACAUUUUACAUCUCAAACAAGUUGGAUAAGGUGAACUACAAACGAAGCGACAGCGGCUCUUUGUAUCUGGAAAUGGAGAACGGUCAAAUGAAGCAAUAUUGGGAGUAUCGUUUGGAAGAGGAUGGAUCGAUGAUGUCUUCGACUACGCCCCGUCGUCAGAACGAAGACGAGUUUGUGGUAAAAUUCAGCGUUUGUCAGAACAACGUGGCGUGCCAAACCGACGACAUCGACGACAUCAUCCCCUAUGGCAUAGAAAAUGAUACCACUGUGAGCGGGAUGGAGUUGUCCGCGUCCGAAAACGACGAGUACAAAUUAGGGCAGCUGUCUUCCGACGAGGAAUCCAACAAAUUUUUGCGUUCGUUAAUGGGAACGGACGUGCAGGAGAUGGCCGAUUUGGAGAAAAGCGAGACGCGAUCGGAGAGCACCACCAUGGCCGAAAUCAGUUGGCGUUACGAAAACAAAUCGUGCGACAACUGCAACAAUAAUUCGCUGCAGUGGAGUGCCGAGUGGCCCAGAGACGUCCACAACGGUUCGGAAUGGGAUAGCGUGGCUCUCCGUAACAUUUGGCUGGGCGGUGGUGGGGACGGCGACACGGCAGACACGUGCGAAGCGUGCACACAAAACCAGAAAGGCGACCGACCGCCGCCGGCCGACCCCACAUCCAACGCCCAACUGCGCGAGGACAUUCUGCUGGACGGCGAGCAACUGCUCUCCGAUUUGAGCACCACCUUACAACAAAAUUAUCGGGAAGACUUGCCUCUAUUCACCCACGACUAUUUCGUUCCGAAGGAACGUAAGCGACGCCACUCCUACAUCAGCGGUGACUUGGGAGGCGGCGCCAAUGCUAUAACGACGCCCGCUCCCAGCCGCGGCUCCUGGAGCUUCGCCUCGCGUCUCGAAGAGGACUGUCUCAUCCAGAUGUCCACCAUUCCGACGCUGCGUUCUGUAACGCUCUAGAAAACCACCCCCCCCCCCCCCCGAACGCCGGACCGACCGAUAGAAAGAAUGGAAUAAAUGUGGGAGACAAAUAAAAGGUGAGACGUGGACGAUGGGAGAGCCGCCUCCUCGGAUCAGUCGACGACCACCCGAACGAAGCGAGGGACUCGUCGUCGACCCCAAACACGAAAACUGCCAUAUUAAUUUCAGCGCAGGUUUGCCAACGAGCAACACAUGAGGACAAAGGCCGCUUCUCACCUACCGUCGCCUCUCCGAAAUCUCCCGAUUCGAUCCGGUUCGUUCCUCCCCCCUCCAAAAAAAAAGUUUAGUUUAAUUUUGAGUCGGUCGAACUCACCAUCAUCCCUCCGGGCCGCAAGUCAGCACGUGAAUGUUGCAUUUUUUAUACACGCAUCGCAUCAGUUGGUGGCUGGCUGGUGGCUGGAGACGCGUGAAGCGUUGAAUUCGACCGACUCGCCGCUAGGAAAAGAGUCGGGACAGAUUGACGUCACCACGUCGCAACGGUGAGUAUUGGUUUGUCCCGUUUUGUUUGUAUGUGCAUAUACUAUAUUUAUCACAUUAAGUGUACAUAGGAUAUGCGAAAAUGGCUCAGUUAUUAUUAUAUUCUCAUCAUUACAUUUCUCGGUUCAAUGGAAAAACGUUUUUCCUGUGCUAUAUCCAAAUUCGAUUCAGUUUUCCAUGCUUUCACAUCAGAAGAGUGUCUUAUAUACAUAAAAUAGGUGUUAAACGUUUUUAAAUUGGACGUGGACCGCUUCAUUAUAUUCUAUCUAAUUAAUUAUUCUUUUUGUUUUGUUUGUAUAUAUAAAUAUAUAUAAGUAUAUGAAAGAAAUAGUGUUACAUGUAAAAAAGUAAAAGGAGAAACGGUCACUGUCGUCACUGUCACCACUGUUUUCGUUAGUUUCAUCCGCGAAAUUUUUGAUGUUGUAAUUUACUGUCGUUGAUUCUGGAACAUGCGAACCAAAAUUAGUGAACGCAUGUUCCGUGGUGCACCCCGGUCAAAAUACGUCCGAACGUUUCGUUUCUUAUUUUCAUUUUAUUGUUGGUAAAAGUCGUAUAAAAAACGGCACCGGGGUACCAAUUCGAUUGUUGUUGAUUUUAUUUUAUAAUUUUAUAUUGGUUAAUUUCUAUUUUGAAUUUUUUGUUAACGCGGAACAAACGCAUCGAUCCGUCAAACAAACACUUACACACUGUUUAAAAGUUUAAGUAUACACACACACAUUAAACACACAGAAACACUCACGAUACAACACCCAACGAUCCAAUAAAAAACCACACAAAAUUCGAGUGAUGAUUGAUGUUGUAGAGCAGUAGAACACGAUUCCGUUCCUGAAACAGGGAAGGGAAGGAAAGUACGUAUAGUUUGGCGGAUCACUACUCAAAAUGAAUGAUAAUACACUUUUCGUGUCUACCGUUAGUUUUGUUUUUUCCUACCAGAGAAACCAGAAGUUGUGUGUAUCUUAUGUAUAAUAGGCGGGGCGUUAAACUUUCUGCGUUGUCUUCGAACGGACGAAGAGUUACCAUCGAAAAUUGUCCUUCGAUUCGCCCCUCACCUCUUAGUUCGUUAAUAUAUCUUUUACAUAUUGGAAAUGGGUACUGUUGUACUGGUUUAUUAUCGUUUAGUUUUAUAGUUGUUUAUAUUUCAUUUUUGUUUGUGUUGCGUAGCCGAGGAGACACCUGCAUUGCACCACCACACCAGCGCACCAACUUACCACCUCAGCAUUCUCCUGCUCCUCUGCUCUUCUGCCCUUCCAGCCCUUCUGGUCUUGUUCCAACGACUAAACUGAUCAUCAAUUUGUUGCGUAAAACAACUCCUAAAUCACACUCUGGGAUGUUGGUUGCCUGUGUGGGUGGUGCAACGCAGGUUCCGGCCGUGAACCAAUGUAAUUAGGUACGAAUGUAAGAUAAUAUUGAUUUAUCAUAUGCAAGAAAAGAAAGUAAAGAAAAAAGCAAAAAAAUUCAAGUUCAUUUGAUAUAGAUUAGCUUUGUGUUUUACACUUACUAAAUAACAACGUCGGUGUUUUUCAUACCGAUUGCUGGCUGGACUUAAAGCUGGCAAUUUCCAAAAAAUACCCCCGAAAAAUAAAUAUCACUAGUCGUCAUAUCGUGUGGAAUUUUCAAUUUUUGAUUAGCUUCUUUCAUGGCGUGUAAAUAAAAAACAGUUUUGUUUUAUUUUUGAGAUGGAGAUUUAAUCGGGCGCGAAUUGGAUGAGUGCGAAACGGAAUGAAUGUCAUGGAACAGUAGGAUGGUGGUUUAAAAUAAUCAAAAAAUAAAAACGAAAAGAAAAAAAUGUGCUAGCCAUAAUUGUUUAGGUGGACAUGACGCAUUCACGCACGCACCGUGCACGUACAAGUGCUGCGUGUACAUGUGGUGCGAUGCCGUCGAAUGGCUCCGACCGAUCGAUCCAAUCAUCCCGUUUUUUAGUUGUCCGGUCGGAGAGUCGAUUUCGAGUGAGCAUUAGUGAUUGGUAAAUAAUCGGCUUUUUCCUCUUCUCUCCCCCACACCACACCACACCAUAUUAAUUAAAUGUCGUCGUCGAUGUCGCUGUGGCAUGUGCAUAUUCUCCCACAUUCUAAUUGUAUCCCCCUAUCCAAAGUCAUUCACCGAAAUCCUGCCAAUCACUGUAUGCCUAUAUUACUACAAUACAAUUUAGAUAUCGUAGAGAGUAAUGUUUUAUUUUAGUGCCUAUUCAAAUACAUACAUAUAUAUAAAUAUAUAUAAUAUAUAGUAUAAUUUGACCUUUUGCCUUAAAAAUAAAUGAAACAAGGACAUCUACAUGUAAUCACUCGAGUUGUAUGUUGUUUCUAGUAUAAAAUUGUGAAUCAGUUAUUCGAAAACGAAAAUGCUAAUAAAAAUAAAAAACAAUAACAAAUAAUAAAAUAAAUAAUUAUAAAAGCAGAUUGAUUAGCUUCCUUUGUAGAUAGUGUUCAUUUAUUGCCAGGAAAGUGUAACGUUUCAUUUUUACUCUUCAUCUGAUUGAUAUAGGUACAUACUUGUAAUUGUGUAUUUUUAAACGAUGAUUUAUCAUCCUAAGUUUUGCCCAUCGAAUCAUCUACACUAUUAACAAAAGAAAAACAUUGAAAAAAGAAACAUAAUGUAUAUUUAAAAAGAAUUUUAGUACUUGCUUCCAUUAUUAUAUAUUAAUAUUUUUGAUGAUUUUCUAUCGUUUGGUAAUUACUAAAAUUCAGCACCACUAACUGAUAUGACAAUGUCGUAGUUUCUAUCUACAUGUUUGUAUUAUGAAUAUUGUUCAUUUGUAAAAUACAGAAGAAAGUAAAAUAAAGCAAGUACAAAACCA